CGCCCGCCCGGGGGCGCGCCUUGCCGGCUCCCCAGCUGCCAGCCAAGAUGGCGGAGAGCGGCGAGGGGAUAGGCAACGUCCCAGAGCAUGAGCGCAUCUUGCAGGAGAUCGAGAGCACCGACACCGCCUGCGUGGGGCCCACUCUCCGGUCUGUGUAUGAUGACCAACCAAAUGCACACAAAAAGUUUAUGGAAAAGUUAGAUAAUUGUAUCCGUAAUCAUGACAAGGAAAUUGAAAAGAUGUGUAAUUUUCAUCAUCAGGGUUUUGUAGAUGCUAUUACAGAACUCCUUAAAGUAAGGACUGAUGCAGAAAAACUGAAGGUCCAAGUUACUGAUACCAACCGAAGAUUUCAAGAUGCUGGAAAGGAGGUGGUAGUCCAAACAGAAGAUAUUAUUCGAUGUAGAAUUCAGCAGAGGAAUAUUACAACUGUAGUAGAAAAAUUGCAGUUGUGCCUUCCAGUGCUGGAAAUGUACACUAAGCUAAAAGAACAGAUGAGUGCAAAAAGGUAUUACUCUGCUCUAAAAACUAUGGAACAAUUAGAGAAUGUUUAUUUUCCCCGGGUUAGUCAAUACCGGUUUUGUCAGCUAAUGAUAGAAAAUCUUCCUAAACUCCGUGAGGAUAUUAAAGAAAUCUCUAUGUCUGAUCUCAAAGACUUUUUGGAAAGCAUUCGAAAACAUUCUAAUAAAAUAGGUGAAGCAGCAAUGAAACAGGCACAACAGCAGAAAACCUUCAGUGUUGCUUUGCAGAAGCAAAAUAAUGUAAAAUUUGGGAGGCACAUGUAUAUAAAUGAUAGAAUUACAGAAGAAAGGAAUGAAAUUGUGUUGAAACAUACAUUUGAGGAAGAGGAUGAGAAUGAAGAGGAGGUCUUAACUGUUCAAGAACUCGUUGAUUUUUCUCCAGUUUACAGAUGUUUGCACAUUUAUUCUGCUUUGGGUGAUGAGGAAACAUUUGAAAAUUAUUAUCGAAAACAAAGAAAGAAACAAGCAAGACUGGUUUUGCAGCCCCAGUCAAAUAUGCAUGAAACAGUUGAUGGCUAUAGAAGAUAUUUCACUCAAAUUGUAGGGUUCUUUGUGGUUGAAGAUCAUAUUUUGCAUGUGACCCAAGGAUUAGUAACCAGGGCAUACACUGAUGAACUUUGGAACAUGGCCCUCUCAAAGAUAAUUGCUGUCCUUAGAGCUCACUCAUCUUAUUGCACUGAUCCUGAUCUUGUUCUGGAGCUGAAGAAUCUCAUUGUAAUAUUUGCAGAUACUUUGCAGGGUUAUGGUUUUCCAGUGAACCGGCUUUUUGACCUUUUAUUUGAAAUAAGAGAUCAAUACAAUGAAACACUGCUUAAGAAAUGGGCUACAGUUUUCAGGGACAUUUUUGAAGAAGAUAAUUAUAGCCCUAUCCCUAUUACUAAUGAAGAAGAAUAUAAAAUAGUCAUCAGUAAAUUUCCCUUUCAAGAUCCAGACCUUGAAAAGCAAUCUUUCCCAAAGAAAUUCCCCAUGUCUCAGUCAGUGCCUCAUAUUUACAUUCAAGUUAAAGAAUUUAUUUAUGCCAGCCUUAAAUUUUCAGAGUCACUGCAUCGGAGCUCAACAGAAAUAGAUGAUAUGCUUAGAAAAUCUACAAAUCUGCUGCUGACCAGAACUUUGAAUAGCUGUUUACUGAACCUUAUUAGGAAACCUCAUAUAGGUUUGACAGAGCUAGUGCAAAUCAUCAUAAACACAACACACCUGGAACAAGCUUGCAAAUACCUUGAGGACUUUAUAACUAACAUUACAAAUAUUUCUCAGGAAACUGUUCAUACCACACGACUUUAUGGACUUUCUACCUUUAAGGAUGCCCGACAUGCAGCAGAAGGAGAAAUAUAUACCAAACUUAAUCAAAAAAUUGAUGAGUUUGUUCAGCUUGCUGAUUAUGACUGGACAAUGUCUGAGCCAGAUGGAAGAGCUAGUGGUUAUUUAAUGGAUCUUAUUAAUUUUUUGAGAAGCAUCUUUCAAGUGUUUACUCAUUUGCCUGGGAAAGUUGCCCAGACCGCUUGCAUGUCAGCCUGCCAGCAUCUGUCAACAUCCUUAAUGCAGAUGCUACUGGACAGUGACUUAAAACAAAUAAGCAUGGGAGCCAUUCAGCAAUUUAACUUAGAUGUCAUACAAUGUGAAUUGUUUGCCAGCUCUGAGCCGGUGCCAGGAUUCCAGGGGGAUACCCUGCAGCUAGCAUUCAUUGACCUCAGACAACUCCUUGAUCUGUUUAUGGUUUGGGAUUGGUCCACUUACCUAGCUGAUUAUGGACAGCCAGCUUCUAAGUACCUCCGGGUGAAUCCAAACACAGCCCUUACUCUUUUGGAGAAGAUGAAGGAUACUAGCAAAAAGAACAAUAUAUUUGCUCAGUUCAGGAAGAAUGAUCGAGACAAACAGAAGUUGAUAGAGACAGUCAUGAAACAGCUGCGAAGUUUGGUGAAUGGUAUGUCCCAGCACACAUAGACUUCACGUCCCAUGCACUCAGUGACACCAAAUUCGUGACUGAAUAGUUAUCUUUAUGGUAGCGGCAGUUUGCAGAAUUAAAAAACACAGAGGAAAGAUGCUGAUGAGAGCUGAAAUGAGAGACAGUAAUAAAUAUCAUUUGUAUGGAUUUUUAAAUAAUUGAAUACUAUUUUGUAUAUGGAAAAUGUGACAUUAAUUUUUCACUUUUAAAAAUAUAUGUAAAUCAGGUCAAAAAUUGUAUAUGAAACUGAUUGUAAAUACAUUAGAAAAACUUAUGCCUAUACAUAUCUUUUUUUAUUCAGA